AUGGAAUAUCCAGAAUCAAAUUUUGACCGAGCCGUGGGAAGAGAUAUACAGUAUAAAUAUUUCCUCAUCACCAAGAUCAUCCCAUCUGCAGAAUUAGAUGAUGAUGAAAUCAGGGAAUUGAUUUCACGCAGAUCAUUUUGGUUAAAUCCGCCAAUGGAAAUCACCAAUACGAUUGGGUAUCCUGUCACCGAUCCCGAAAUCAAUUCAGAAAAGUUUACAUCAAAAUCAUUUCCAACUUAUGAUUUCAUAGGAAUACCAGCUGAAGGAUGUGAGUUGGAAUUCGAUGUGAUCGUGAUCAGUAGCGGAGCAGGUGGAGGUUUCGUGGCGGCUGAAUUAGCCAAAGCCGGGAAUAGUGUUUUGAAAGGAAAAUAUUACCAUCAAAGUGAGUUAACCACGAGAGCUUAA